AAAUGCACUCAGCAAUUGUUUCUCCUUUAUUCUAACCAAACAAAAAAUACUUACUAUAAAUUUGUGUUUCACAAUAUAUAAUGGGUAGCCUCUCACUGGAAAUGGAUUUUGAGCCAUUACCCAUGACACCCAGAAGUUUAGCGAUGACACCCAGAAGUUUAGCACGGCGAAGAUUGUUUCCGAAUGUGGAGAACAAGAAACAGCAGGUGGCACCACCAGGCGCAGGGCCAAGGAAGAACUUACAACUUGAGGUGAUGGAGCCUGGCUUCAAGAAUGAUGGUCCUUCUUUGGACACUAUCUUGGUCAAUUAUUUGGACACACUUACCCAACGAGUCAAUUUUCAUUUAGGUUAUCCGGUCAACAUAUGUUAUGAUCACUAUGCAACUUUAGCACCACUUUUACAGUUUCACCUAAACAAUUGUGGUGAUCCUUUCCUUCAAAACACUGUCGAUUUCCAUUCUAAAGACUUCGAAGUAGCAGUUUUGGAUUGGUUUGCACAACUGAAGCUACUAGAAGAUUACAAAAUUAUUGACAUGGUAUCAAAGCUUCUGGUUGCGAUUGAAGACCAGUAA